AUGUACGUCCUGCUCUCAGACUUCGGCCUGGGUCUCUUGGCCCACCCACGAACCUCAGGGACCAGGACACGGCCCCCGCCUUGCCCCCUCUCCCGGGCCCAGAGGCGGGCCUUCCUCCGGGGCGCAGUCCUGAAGCCCCAGCCCGGACUUCGCCAAACGCGCCUCCCGCGGGGCUUCCCCGCAGCUGCAGCCCCGCCCCCCAGGCCCCCCCCCGGUCCCCCCCCCCCGAUCCCUUCGGGCGUGUCGGACGCGGGGGGGGGGGCUCCCGCAGCCACCCCGGCGCUCGCCCACAGCGGGGGCAGUGACCCGGCCAGGAUCCCACGGCGCGCGCUUCAGGCUGCUCGAACCCAGGGGAGGCCGAUCCCAAGCCCAGGCCUGGGAACUAGGGCGCCGCCUGCUGCCGGGAGUCCCCGCGGCACCCUCGCAAUGGAAGCUCGGGGGGGGGGAGGGGCAUCCCCAGUGCGCAGCCCUGCGCCCGGCGCAGGGAGCGUCCGCACGUGGCGCGAAGCGGCCGGAGCCACUCGGGAGGCCCCGAAGCCUGGACUCCCCGGCCCGGGCGGUGGGAGGGACGCGGAGGGGCGCGGGAAUCUCGGGCUUUCUGCCCCCUCGUGCUCCCUCCCCCAGCCUUCCCGCCGCGCCCCUCAUUCUGUUCCGGGCCCCGGUCCCCGGCCCGCGCCCCUCAUUCGUUCCGGGCCCCCCGCCGACACCGCCCGCCGCGCCCACUCCCUCCCGGCCCGGCCCACGCUGCCGAAGGGACGCUGUGAGGCUCGGGACUCCUUGCGGCUGCCCAGCACCUGCGGGCCUCCCUUAGCCGUCCCUGGGCCCAGGAGCCCCCUGGCCGCGCCCCCCCCCCACCCCGAGCGCUCCUCUCCGGGGCAGCCCCCCCCCCCCAUACAAGACCCCGGAGAGAAGGGGUUUCUUUUGCUCGGCCCUGUUCAUUCCCAGCAAUCGCCGCCAGAUGCUUCCUUCGUCCCUGGGUCCCCUCCCCCUCUCCCGGGCGGCCUGGGGCCGUGGGGUGUUGCACGUGUAAAGGAAGAGGGGCCCCUGGAGCCGCUUGCAGGCCGAGAUCUCUGCCCCGGCCCGCCUCUAGCAGCCCAUUUACAGAUGCGGAGACUGAGGCCCAGCUGA